AUGUAUGCCAUAGAGGAAAUAAACAAAAAUCCUUCUGUGCUUCCUAACGUCACACUCGGAUUUGACAUUUUCGAUUCAUGCGCAUAUGAAAGCAAGGCCGUGGAAAGCAUUUUGAAAGUACUGACAGGCUCACAAAAUGCUGUUCCAAAUUACCAGUGUGCCAAGCGGGGUGCCUUGGCUGGAAUCAUUGGACAUAUGCUCUCCUCCUCAACCAAAAUCAUGGCCAAGAUUUCUGGGGUCUAUAAUCUCCCACAAGUUAGCUAUGGAGUUCAGGAUUCAUAUUUAGGCAAUACCUCCAUAUAUUCAUCUUUAUUCCGGACUGUCCCAACUGAACAAAGCCAGUAUGAUGGUUUUGUACAGCUCCUUAAAUGUUUUGGGUGGACAUGGGUUGGAAUCAUUACCACCGAUGAUGAAAAUAACCUACGAGGGAGUAAUGACAUUAAAAACAUACUCAUUAGAAAUGGAGUCUGUAUCGCCUACUUUCAAAUCAUAGCAAGCAGACCUUUCAACAGCAGAUUCCCAGCAAUGGAUGCUGUAAAAUACUCAUCUGCAAAUGUUGUACUUGCUUUCUUGACUGGCAUGGAUCUUACUAACUUCAUGUACAGUCUUCAGGAGUUUUCCACACCCGGAAAAGUGUGGCUUAUACCAUCCACAGUGUCCAUUGCCGCCACCGACUCCUAUUUAACCUCAUUUAAUGGUUCACUCGCGUUUGCUAUUCACAAAGGAGAAAUUCCAGGAUUAAAGGAAUUCAUCUAUAGUGCUAACCCCCUCACCUUCCCAGAUGACAUAUUCACUGCCGCAGUGUGGCGAGAUGCCUUUUUCGCUGUGACGGGGGAGCAGCUCUCUAACAGCAGGACUCAGCUGGCCGGGCUGAGCCGUUGCGGCCAGAAGUGCUCUGCAGAAGGAUACUGUAUGACAAGUGCUGUCAGCGGUCGUCUCUCAGUCGGAGGGCUUAGGAGACGUAACGUUAUUGAUGAGAAGUUGACUGGAUGUGACAUAAUCUGUAUUCUGAGUGCAAUUUCUCCUGAGUCUACAGAAUUGGCCCUUAGGGAUAUUACUCUUCCACCUCGAUUGGUGACAGCUCUUAUAAUGAAGCUCAAUAAAUAUCUUAAGAAUGUUAAUUUUGAAACAUCAUCGGGGGAUAAUUUUCAUUUUGAGAACAGAGGAACUGCAGGAGAAUAUGACAUAAUGAACUGGUACGUCACUCCCAAUAAAACAACACAAUUUAUACAGAUUGGAAGCUACAUCAGUUUUGCACCUCCAGGAAAGCAACUUGUUGUCGAUGAAAAGCUCAUCCAAUGGCAUCCUAUAUUCAAAGAGGUUCCUCAUUCUGUGUGCAGUAAUAGUUGUCUUCCGGGAUACAGAAAAGCUCUCAGAAAGUCCCAGCAAACAUGUUGCUAUGACUGUGUUCUGUGCUCAGAGGGGGAGAUAUCUAACAGCACAGAUAUGGAAAACUGCAUCAAAUGCACUGAACACCAGUGGUCUAAUGAGAGAAGAGACAAGUGUAUCUCCAGAACCAUAGACUUUCUGUCCUAUGAAGAUGCUUUGGGAAUUGCAUUAUCUCUCCUUGCUGUUGUGCUGUCGGCUCUCACCGUAGCAAUUCUGUCCAUAUUUAUAAAACACAAAGAGACUCCCAUAGUGAAAGCCAAUAACAGAGACCUCAGUUACAUCCUUCUCCUAUCUCUUACUUUGUGCUUCCUCUGCUCCUUAUUAUUUAUUGGACGUCCACACACCAUUACUUGCUUAUUCCGCCAGGCAGCAUUUGGAAUUAUAUUUGCCAUUGCUGUAUCGUCUGUUUUGGCUAAAACCAUAACUGUGGUCAUCGCUUUCAAUGCCGCAAAGCCUGGCAGUGAGUCAAGAAAAUGGAUGAAGGCUCGAAUCUCAACAUACUUAGUUUGCAUUUGUGCUAUGGGUGAAGUCGUGAUAUGUUUUGUAUGUUUUUUUUGCAAUCCACCCUUUCCGGAUUUUGAUACAUCAGAAAGAUCACUGAAGAUGACACUGCAAUGUAACGAAGGGUCGUCUGUUGCGUUUUACUUUCUUAUAGGCUAUAUGGGUGUGCUGGCUGUUUUCAGUUUCAUAGUUGCCUUUCUAGCCAGAAAACUACCCGAUACCUUUAACGAGGCCACGCAUAUCACCUUCAGUAUGCUGGUUUUCUGCAGCGUUUGGCUGUCUUUUUUUCCAGCUUAUCUAAGCACGAAAGGUAAGUACAUGGUAGCUGUUGAAAUCUUCUCCAUCCUGGCCUCCAGUGGUGGAUUACUGUGUUGUAUAUUCCUCCCUAAGUGUUAUAUUAUUAUAAUAAGGCCAGAAUUAAACGCCAAAGAACGUCUGAUUGAGAAAAAAGUCACUAACUAUAAUGUUGAACGUAACUAA